GCAAAAUGGUCACAAUGGAGUCAUCGUACAAUCGGCCGAGAAAAAAAGCCAGUGGAGCGACAGGACCUGGUAUCAGAAGUACGAGUACUUGAAAUCGCACAUAACCGUGGAGCCCAUGUUAGCCUGUUACAUAAUGCCCAGUUGCCUUGCGGGACUGGCCACGCAAAAUCUUAAUUUAGAGAAAGCAUGCAGAGUCAACCUGCAGUACGAGAAGCACAUUUGCGAUGCACUCUCAUCUAGGCAAACUGCAAACUAUACCAGCGAAGAACAAGCUGUGCAGCAACUUGUCGCCGGAAUGGCAGGUUGGAAAACAGUGCUGCAGAGCGCGCUCCCUUGCCUUCUAAUUCUGUUUCUUGGAGCUUGGAGCGAUCGUGUUGGACGUCGGAAACCUUGCAUGCUGCUGCCAAUAGUCGGCGAAUUGCUGACAAGCGUCAGUUUAAUUAUAUGUACAUACUUUUUUGAUGAGCUGCCUAUGGAGGUAGCUGGUGUAGCAGAAGCGCUUUUUCCUGGACUAACAGGUGGCUGGUUCACCAUGUUCAUGGGAAUAUUCAGUUACAUAGCAGAUGUUACGACUGAAGAGACGAGAACUCUUCGAAUUGGAGUUGUGAAUUUAUUCUGUUCCCUUGGUAUUCCAUUGGGCAUGGCAUUAAGUGGCAUAUUAUUGAAAAAAAUCGGGUUCUAUGGAGUAUUUUCUGUGUCUGCAGUAAUGUACAUGAUUGCAUUUUGCUAUGGAUACUUUGGUAUCGAAGAAAGCAAUAAAAUAAAAGUGGAUAAGGACAUUAAAGAAGACGAAAGGAUGUGUUCAUCUUUGCGGAAUUUCUUCGACUUUAAUCACGUAACAGAUACAUUCCGAGUUGCAUUUAAAAAAACUGAAGGUAAUAGAAGAACGCGCGUAAUAAUGUUGAUGGUCGUCGUCAUGGUAGUCAUUGGUCCAAUGCACGGCGAAAUCGCCGUGAUGUACCUAUUCACACGAUAUCGUUUCAAUUGGAACGAAGUGGAUUUCAGUAUUUUCCAAACAUACAGUAUGGUAACAAACUUAAUAGGCACGCUAUUUUCUGUGGGCGUUUUUAGUCACAUACUGAAAAUAGAUGAUGCAUUGAUAGGCGUCUUGUCGACCAUGAGCAAGAUCUUAUCUGGCUUCUUGUAUGCAUUCGCCGUUACUAAGUGGCAAAUUUAUUUAGCACCUAUCAUAGAAAUUUUGAAUGGCACAUCUUUCAUAGCGAUGAGAUCCAUUGCAUCAAAGCUAGUACCAAGUGAUGAAUUAGGUAAAGUUAAUUCUUUGUUUGGGGUUUGUGAAGCUAUGAUGCCACUGGUGUACGCGCCUAUUUACACAUCGCUUUAUGCAGCUACGAUUUAUACUCUUCCAGGAGCCUUUUUCUUGCUGGGCGGAUUCCUUACAGCACCCGCAGUUGCAAUAUUCUUAUGGAUGUAUACAGUUCAUAGAAAAGAAAGAAAACAACAAGCUGAAGCAAAUGCAACACGAGAUACAUCAAAUACAACCAUACCUAAUGGUGUUGAUAAUACCGCCUUCGUUAACGAAGAAAACACCCAUAACAAACAGACAGCUACCUUGUGAAAAAAGCGACGUAUAAAAUGCAUUGUUUUCAAGUGCGUGAAACAUCAAAUCUUGCCAAAUAAUGAACAUCACACCGAAAACUAUAAUUCCGUCCCAUUAUAGACUUAACUUGCAAAAUUAUUAAAAGUGCUUCGAAAUUCAAAAAAGUAGUUAAAUGGUUUUAACAUCGAAAAGAAUUGUGCUUUUUUGGAAUGCAGCAAUAAUAGCAUUAAGUGUAUCACUACA